AGACAUGUCUAAGCGAAAAACCUUAGCUGGUUGGAAAAGCAGAGUUCCUGGCGUAGACCUGACGAAGGGACCAAUUCCUGCUCACGAACAUAUCCCAAAUCAAUUCUUUCCAGACUUGACAGCUGAAUUAGGUCGUGCAGCGGAGAGAUCUUUUGCACUCGAUUUAUACGAUGAUAACCCACAAUCACUAUUCAUCAGCUAUCUGCUGGACACAAUUGAGUUCAUUCGAUGAGAGAAACUUUAUGGAAAGUCUCUUGACACAACCAAUCGUUCGACCGACACCGCCGCCCCCACCGUCCGUGCCAGGGUCAGAGGCCCCAGACCGCCCCGUGAAAAGCGUACCCCGUCGACAGGUUCUGCAUCAAGUCCUUUGUGUUGCUCAAUACCAUAGCCAUGCCAAAGAAAUCAUUUAUGAAGACAAACCAGUCAAAAAAUUCUCUGAAAAAAGUGGAGAUCAGGAAUUAGAAGGGGAGAUGGUUGUCCUGCACCUUGGAAGGUACUGCGUUCAAAACCCGGAUAUCUCCUUUAUCAUUUUCAAGCAGCAUCAAUGCGUGCAAGGAGAGAGGCCGUCAAAACGCCAACUCGAGUCGGAAUAUAGGAGGUUCCCAAUCGCCGAUACACAAAUAUCCCCUAGAGCCGAGAGAAUGGUUAUUCCCCCCGGCGUGCUACAGAAGGCAGUCGUAAAAGUAGCCUUAUAUGACCCACCCCGGCCGGGCUACCAGAAUCACAUUACCGGUGUGGAUGAGAAAAUGAUUGACAUGGAUGCCCCUUAUUUGUUUCUCUACCACCAUCGAGCUGCUUUAAGAAAGCUUUCAGAAGAAAGAUCCGACCCAAUGACGGAGCAUGUCUUGGGAUUGCUUGAGUUCAUAGAUUCGGACUGGGGAGCCGAGUAUCGCGAAGCUGAUAAUCAGUUCGACUCCGGAAUAGUAACGAACAAGCACAUCGACAAGCUCUUUUGUCCAAACAAUAUCGUGAUUGAGAAGAGCAAAGAAACAGUUAGGGCAUAUGUGAUAGCGACCUGGCCCCACCGCCCCCGCGAGACGUUCUUGUGGAUACCUUGUUGGUCUUGGAUAUAUAAUGGUAUCAAUCUUCAACGGGAUCACACCGUGUUACAACUACCCUUGCCACUACCAGAUAGUUCCACCAUAGCCGACAUGCCAAUCCGUCCGAUUUCUAAGACUGAUAAUACCAUUAUAGAAGAACUGAGAAUGCGAGGCAAGAUGUUUUGGGCUAUGAAAGAGCGGUAUUUUGGCUGUUAUUCCGGCUUCGAUAUAGAGAAGACCAAAAACCAUCAACAUACAAGGGUUGUCAUUGAUAUCCAAACCUAUUCCAGGAUGCAUCCUAGAGAACAUGCAAGGGACACCUCUCCCAGGAGGGGAGAUGCCUCUCGUAUCGGUCAAUGGCCUGUUAGUAUUCCUUGGGAAGACGACCUUGACGACUUAACAGUCAUAUUGCUUCCGACAGUAGUAUAUGGAUUUUGGCUGCAAGAGAAGAGGUGGUUACAACUAGAUGUCGGCGGGAUCCAUCCGAUUGAGUGGAAUAAACGUGCCUUUGAUAGACUAGUUCUGGAUUCGAAAACCAAAGAACUUAUUACCGCACUGGUCCAAGUACGCAUUGCCACUGGGAGAGUAGAAGAUAUAAUCGAAGGAAAGGGUAAUGGACUUAUGAUUUUGCUACAUGGAGGUCCGGGAACGGGAAAGACGCUGACAGCUGAAAGCGUUGCUGAAAUCGCUGAGAAACCAUUAUAUCGGGUAACAUGUGGCGACGUGGGUACAAAAGUGGCUGACGUGGAACGCUAUCUUCAAACGGUGCUAUAUCUCGGGAAAACUUGGAACUGUGUCUUGCUUUUGGAUGAAGCAGACGUCUUUCUCGAGGAACGCGGCAUUGCCGACCUCGAACGUAACAGCUUGGUCUCCGUAUUUCUUCGAAUCCUCGAGUACUAUGACGGGAUCCUCAUUAUGACGAGCAAUCGAGUCGGUAUAUUCGACGAAGCAUUCAAAUCGCGGAUCCAGGUUUCCCUACAUUACGAAGAUCUCAGCAAAAGUUCCAGACGCACGAUUUGGAAUAACUUUAUAGUUAUGCUUGAGGAAGCUGGAGCGGACGUCAAUGUCAGCGAGCUCGAAUCGCAUCUAGAUGAUCUAGCUUCGGAGGAACUGAAUGGGAGGCAGAUCAGAAAUGCGAUGACAACUGCACGCCAGUUGGCCGUAUAUAGAAAGGAGAGACUCGAUUGGGAACAUCUUGAUCAAGUAUUGAAGACAGCAAGGGAUUUCAAUCGCUAUCUGAAGACUGUUCAGGGUCAUACAGAUAAGCAAUGGGCUAGGGAGCAGAGACUUAGGUAGGGAGUACUUGGAUUCUAUUUUCCUGUGUAUUGGUGGGGUUUUAUCGUUAGCGAUAAGAGGUGAUGCUUCUGUGGUGUUGUAUAUAUUCCCCUUGGAUUUGUUAUACACACUUGUGAACACUGGCCUAUAACAC